CGCCACUUCCCGAUUACAUCCCACGCGUGGACGCGCGGCGCGGCCACGCAUAGCUCUGUGGAGAAAGCCCAGAGACGAGCUACGCGACGUGACAUGACGUGACGUGACGUGAAGUGACGGCAAGGACUGCAGACAGAUUCACGCCGAAGCCCCCAAAAGACACACUGGAGCAGCUUUCCCCCCUGAAUUGGAUUCUCCAUGAUCGGCGCAUCGGAGCGGCGGAUUGUGGCUGGCGUGUCCGGACGCACCGCACUGGGCUCCGGUUGACUCGGUGGCGGUUGGCCGCUCUUCCUCGUCGCUUGGGCGGACUGGAGGAGGAGGAGGCGACGGCGCCGGCUCGGUGGUGGUGGUGGUGGAGGAAGAGGAGAUUGGAAUGUCCUGAGUUCCUGCCAGAGUGCCCGGAGAGCGCGCAGUGCUGAUGGGAGCGGCUGUGCCACCAUGAGCGUACAAGAUGGCAGCUGCAGCUACGCCAGCAGUGCCAACAUGGCCGCCGCCAGCGGCAGCAUGCGGCGGCGCCUGGAGGACCAGGAGUUCACCCUUCGCGUGUACCCGGGCUCCCUGGCCGAGGGCACCAUCUACUGCCCCGUCACGGCCCGCAAGAACACCACGGCGGCCGAGGCCAUCGAGUGCCUCAUUGAGCGGCUGCGCCUGGACCGCACCAAGUGCUACGUCCUGGCCGAGGUCAAGGAGUUCGGCGGCGAGGAGUGGAUCCUCAACCCCGGCGACUGCCCCGUGCAGCGCAUGAUGCUGUGGCCCAGGAGCGCGCUGGAGAACCGCGGCGGCCUGGGCAGCGGUGACGACUACCGUUUCCUCCUGCGGGAAAAGAACCUGGACGGGUCCAUCCACUACGGCGGCAGCCUCCAGAUGUGGCUGCGGGUGACCGAGGAGCGCCGCCGCAUGGUGGAGCGGGGUUUUCUCCCCCAGCCGGCGGGGAGCGACCCCCCGACGGACCUCUGCGCCUUGCCCGAACUGACGGAGCGCGCCCUUUUGGAGAGCCUGCGGGCGCGUUUCCGCCAAGAGAAGAUCUACACGUAUAUCGGGAGUAUCCUCAUCGUGGUCAACCCCUUCCAGUUUCUGCCCAUCUACAACCCCAAGUACGUCAAACUGUACGACAACCACGCGCUGGGCAAGCUGGAGCCGCACAUCUACGCCGUGGCCGACGUGGCCUACCACGCCAUGCUGCAGCGGCGCAGGAACCAGUGCAUCGUCAUUUCGGGCGAGAGCGGCUCGGGGAAGACGCAGAGCACCAACUUUCUCAUCCACCACCUGACCGCCCUCAGCCAGAAGGGCUUCGCCAGCGGCGUGGAGCAGAUCAUCCUGGGAGCCGGGCCCGUGCUGGAGGCCUUCGGCAACGCCAAGACGGCCCACAACAACAACUCCAGCCGCUUCGGCAAGUUCAUUCAGGUCAACUACCAAGCCAGUGGCACUGUUCGAGGGGCCUACGUGGAGAAGUACCUGUUGGAGAAAUCUCGUCUGGUCUACCAGGAGCACAACGAAAGGAACUACCACGUUUUUUACUACCUGCUGGCUGGAGCCAGCGAGGAUGAGAGGAAGUCGUUCCACCUGCUCCAACCUGAGGAAUACCACUACCUCAACCAGAUGACAAAGAAAUCGCACAAACUCCGCUGGGACAAUUGCUAUGAGAGCGAGCUGCAGGACUGCUUCAGCGUGGAGGGCGAGGACUUGAAACACGACUUUGAGCGUCUGCAGCUGGCGAUGGAGAUGGUCGGCUUCCUUCCCGCUACGCGCAAACAGAUUUUCUCGCUGUUGUCGGCCAUACUCCACCUGGGCAACAUCCGUUACAAGAAGAAGACCUACAGGGACGACUCCAUCGACAUCUGCAACCCCGAGGUCCUUCCCAUCGUCUCGGAGCUGCUGGAGGUGAAAGAGGAGAUGUUGCUGGAGGCGCUGACCACCAGGAAGACGGUGACCGUCGGGGAGAGGCUCAUCGUGCCCUACAAACUUGCAGAGGCGGGCACGGUGAGGGACUCCAUGGCCAAGUCAUUGUACAGCGCUCUCUUUGACUGGAUCGUGUUCCGGACCAAUCACGCUCUGCUCAACAACAAGGACCUGGAGGACAAUUCAAAGAUCUUUUCCAUCGGCGUAUUGGACAUCUUUGGAUUUGAGGACUAUGAAAACAACAGCUUUGAGCAAUUCUGCAUCAACUUCGCGAAUGAGCGGCUGCAGCACUACUUCAACCAGCACAUCUUCAAACUGGAGCAGGAGGAGUACCGAGCUGAGGGCAUUAGCUGGCACACCAUCGACUACAUCGACAACAGCAGCUGCAUCAACCUCAUCAGCAAAAAACCCACCGCGCUCUUCCACCUGUUGGACGAGGAGUGCAACUUCCCUCAAGCUUCCAAUCAGACCUUGCUGGACAAGUUCAAGCGUCAGCAUGAGGGAAACAGCUACAUUGAGUUCCCCGCCGUCAUGGAGCCCGCUUUCAUCAUCAGACACUACGCCGGGAAAGUCAAGUACGGAGUGAAGGACUUCCGAGAGAAGAACACGGACCACAUGCGUCCCGACGUGGUGGCCUUGCUGAAGAGCAGCAAGAACGCCUUCAUCUGCGGUCUGAUGGGCAUCGACCCCGUGGCCACGUUCCGCUGGGCCGUGUUGCGCGCCUACUUCAGGGCCCUGGUGGCUUUCAGGGAGGCCGGACGCCGACACACUCACAAGAAGACAGGUCAUGAUUCCCCCCUGCCUUGCGCCACCGUCAAAACUGUCGACAGCUUCAGUUUCCUUCAUCACCCGGUUCACCAGAGGAGCCUUGAGAUCCUUCAAAGGUGCAAAGAUGAGAAAUACAGCAUCAGCAGGAAGAAUCCUCGCUCUCCGCUGUCACACCUUCAAGGCGCCAACGCCCCGAACGAGAAAGCCAGCUGGGAUGGUUUCGGCGUCGGCUGCAAAGGUCGCCGCCCGAGCUCGGGGCGCCUGUCGUCGGCGGGCAGCCCGACGGCCCUGGGAGAGGACGGCAUCUUCGUCAAUUCGUCCAACAGCAAGCUCCUGGAACGAGCUCAGGGAAUCUUACUAAGAAACAAAAACUGCAAAAUCAAGCCCAGCCUCCCCAAGCACUUGCUAGACGUCAAGUCUCUGCGCCACCUGAGCAGCGUGACGCUCCACGACCGCAUCACCAAGUCACUGCUUCACUUGCACAAGAAGAAGAAACCGCCCAGCAUCAGUGCACAGUUCCAGGCUUCCCUCAGUAAACUGAUGGAGACUCUCAACCAAUCAGAGCCAUACUUUGUCAAGUGCAUCCGCUCCAAUGCUGAGAAGCUCCCCUUACGUUUUAAUGACAGCUUGGUGCUCAGACAGCUGCGAUACACAGGAAUGCUGGAGACCGUCCGGAUACGACAAUCGGGCUACAGCAUCAAGUACACCUUCCAGGAUUUUGUUGGUCACUUUCAUGUGCUGCUGCCUCGAGGCACAAGCGCAACCAAGUCGGGCAUCAGGGAGUUCUUCAGGCAGAUCCAUUUGAUGCCGGCUGGCUACCAAGUGGGCAACACCACGGUGUUCCUGCGGGAGGCGGAGCGCCAGCGUCUUCAGACACUCCUCCACCAGGAAGUUCUACGGCGCAUCGUCAUGCUGCAGCGCCGCUUCCGGGCGGUCCUGGAAAGGAAGACCUUUGUCAGGAUGAGGCUGGCUGCGCGUAUUAUCCAGCGAUGGUGGCGAUGCUGCCUUCUCAGAGAAUCCGCCGUGUAUCUGAGGCUGGAGGAGGAGCAAGCGGUCGUGUGCCUUCAGACAGCGUGGAGGCGCUGCAGGCAGCGCCGAACCUUCCUGCGCUGGCGCCGCUCGGCGGUGGCCAUCCAGAGGAGCUGGAGGAUCUACUGCCGUCGAAGGACCGCGGCGGCCAUCGCGGUCCAGGCGGCCUGGAGGGGAUUCGUUGAGAGGAGACGAUACUGUGAGACCUACAGGACUGUGAUGCUGCUGCAAGCAAUGGGACGGGGUUACCUGGCCCGCUGCAGGUUGCAAGAACUGAAGCAGCAGCGCGAAGCGCCAGCACCCGUCAUUCAAGGACCCAAUGACGACUUGGCACCGUCGCAACGGGAUGGAGUACGGAGCCUCUCUGGCGAACCAGCGGACGACUCUGCACUCGCCGAGAAAGACUCGGAACAAAGUCGGAGUGUGGACGAGGCGAGCCACAAGACUCGAUCUAAGAGAGAGAGCAGGCGAAUGCGAGAACUGGAGCAGGCACAGUUCAGCUUGGAGCUGCUGAAGGUUCGAACGGGCCAUGUUGGCACGCCACCUGAAGGAGAGGCGGCACCGGACGACAGCACCUUUCCCCUGGAGGACCAUCGCAGAGCUUCACCUCUCGGCUCUCUUGACAGCUUCGAGAUGUUCACUGUCGAGGACAUGGAGACCGAAGGUUCCGGAGGUUUUCGAUCCCAACCGACUGCGCCUCGGGAAUGUUUCAUUUCAGACCAGCAAUCUCAAGAGAUUCCGGCGAGAGAUUCAAACCACAACGAAACGCCCAAGAUGGAGUCCCCUCUCAGGACUGAGGGUCCCCGGGCAACAUUUUACAUCGCUUCUGACCAAAGUCCAAUUCGAGUACCAAACUGUGAAAGUCCCGGCAAAUCUUACAAGGACAGAAGGGAGUCCACCUCUCGAAAGCCUGUUGUGGUCUUGAUCAGUAUGCAAAAGGAGAGUCCUCUGGAAGAGGGGCCGCUGGUACCCCACACUCCAGAAGGAACACGUCCCAGUUCCCAAUUGACACACAUAUCAGGUUUGGAGGUCGGAUCUCCGAUUGAAUCACUCAAUGAAAGGACUACACCGUCCACCUUUGAUGAAGGGAAUUCCUCCAUGGUGCCGUCUUCAACGCCUCAUGAAGCAAGUCCAAAAGUACCCGGCCUUUGCUCCUCCCAAGGGGACAUCAAGAUCACCCCGGAGCCCAAAGCCAGCGUUUCUCCCGUUGCCCCGGGUCAGCAGAAGAAGAAAACGGCCCCACCCGGGAAGGGGGUGCCGAGUCCGCUCCUUGACACGAAGCCGCCCAAAGCCCAGAAGAAGAGCUCAGCCCAGACUGUGAUUGUCAACAUGACGGAGAAGCCCUCCAACGCUGUCUUCUCGCCACCCAGACGCAAGCUUCCAUUCUCCAAGUCCGACAAGGAUUUGGUGAACCAGGGAAGGUCUUUGUCCAUGUUCAGAGAUGAUUCCAGAACCAGAGAGCAGGUGGGCCGCCCGGGCCCCAAAAAGAAACCGCGCAUGUCCCGGACGCGCUCCGACUUCCUCACGCGCUGUAACUCGGAGGGAGCCACGCAGUCGGACGACGACGACGACGAAUACUACGUCCCCGCCCACUCUCGCACGCUGCCCCCCUCCCUGUGCCCCCCGCGCGCCCGCCCCAAGGCCGACUGUCACAGUGACUCCGAGAUGGAUUCCCACAAAGAUCCCAAGAAGAUCCAUAAGACCAUGUCAUCGGGGGAUCUGGGCAAAGUCGAGGCGCUGAGGAAAACCUCCAGUCAGGAUGGAAGAAUGAGAGGAAAGAUGCGAUUCUGGAGUAAAAGCAAACAGGGCGGGAAGAAAGUGUCCAGGGAGAAGCUGGCCAGCAGGAGUGAAAGUGCUGCUGAGACGCCCGAGCGUCCGUCCCCUCCUCGCAGUCCAGAUGCGGAGGCCUCAUCGCCGCGCGGGAGGCGGGACAGCAAGGAGAACAAGGAGCCGUCUCCCAAGAUGAAGCGGCGUUUCAAAAUGAACACUAAAUUCUCCCAUGUCACCGGGCAGAUGGACGACGGGAAGAGUAUCCGUUACAAGGACCUGUACGCCCUGUUUGAGCACAUCCUGGAGAAGAGCAUGCGGCUGGAGCAGCGCGACUGGAACGAGUCGCCGGUCAAGGUGUGGGUGAACACCUUCAAGGUCUUCCUGGACGAGUUCAUGACUGAGUACAAGCCCAUGCAGGGGACCAUCGGCAGGGCUGCCAAACGAGAGCGCAAGAAGUCGCGCAAGAAGGAAACCGACAUUGUGAGUUCCAACAACGGCCACAUCUUCAAAUCCACGCAGUACAGCAUCCCCACCUACUGCGAGUACUGCUCCUCGCUCAUCUGGAUGAUGGACCGAGCCUGCGUCUGCAAACUCUGCCGCUACGCCUGCCACAGGAAGUGCUGCUCCAAGAUGGCCACCAAGUGCAGUAAAAAGUACGAUCCGGAGCUGUCGCCUCGUCAGUUUGCCGUCGAGCUCUCGAGGCUGACCAGCGAGGAGCGCAACGUGCCCCAAUUGGUGGAGAAGCUCAUCAACUACAUCGAGAUGCACGGCCUCUACACCGAGGGCAUUUACAGGAAGUCGGGCUCCACAAAUAAAAUCAAGGAACUGCGCCAAGGGCUGGACACCGACGUGAGCAGCGUGAACUUGGACGAUUACAACAUCCACGUCAUCGCCAGCGUGCUCAAGCAGUGGCUCCGCGACCUGCCCAGCCCUCUCAUGACGUUUGAGCUCUACGAGGAGUUUCUUCGAGCCAUGGGUCAAUCCGACAAGCGGGAGGUGAUCCGAGGAGUGUACUCUGUCAUCGACCAGCUGAGCCGCACGCACCUCAGCACGCUGGAACGCCUCAUUUUCCAUCUGGUCAGGAUUGCACUGCAGGAGGACACCAACAGGAUGUCGGCCAACGCGCUGGCCAUCGUCUUCGCCCCCUGCGUCCUGCGCUGCCCCGACACCAUCGACCCUCUGCAGAGCGUCCAGGACAUCAGCAAGACCACGGCGUGCGUGGAGCUGAUCAUCACUGAGCAGAUGAGCAAGUAUAAAGCGCGCCUGAAGGACAUCAACAGUCUGGAGUUCGCCGAGAGCAAAGCCAAGAGCCGACUGACCCACGUCAGGAGGUCCAUGAAACCUGUACUAAUCGCUGUUAGGUUUAUGAGCAUAGCCCGCACUGCCACCCCGGUAUGUAUGCCCCUUUGUCCACAUGCUCCCACCCCUCAUCAACACCCCCAUUGUCUGUCCCGUCCCGUCCUCGCACUUGUCCCGUCUGCCUGCUCGUGGCAAAAACUCAUCUCAAAAAAACCUCUUGACACAAAAGCAAACAAAAAGGUCACCAAAAGCCCUCACUGCGCCAGACUGCAGGGCAAAAGUCGCGUUCGGCAAGGCAGUGGCCACGCGCCGUCGCCGCCGCUCAGCCCCAGGCCGGGCCCCCCGGUGGCGGACGGGGGGAGCGCGGGAGCGGGCGCCGAGGAGAUGGCCGAGGCUCCGCUGAGCGAGCAGCAGCAGCUCGCCAUGCAGCAAGAGGAGCGCAUCCUCACCGAGCAGAUUGAGAGUCUGCAGAGAGAAAAGGAGGAACUAACAUACGAGAUGUUGAUCUUGGAACCGCGAGCGUCCGACGAUGAGACUCCUGAAUCGGAAGCGUCCAUCGGCACGGCGGACAGCUCCGAGAACAUCACCAUGGAAACGGAGGGCGCCAACACGGAGCUGCCCGAAUCGGGCGCUUGCGGCUCCAGAAAAUGGGAGCCGAAGAGCAGGCGACCGAUGCGCCGCCAUCCCGAUUCGGUGGACUCUGCCGACUCGGCCUCCGCCUGCUCCAAUCAGCCGCCGUCCGCCUCGCCGUCCCCUCAUUACCGCUUCCGCUCGUCGUCGUCGGGACCCCUGCUGGCCUCCUACAGCCCGGGAGGGGCGGUGGCCGCGGCGGGCGAGAUGAGCCGCCCAAGUCACAGGCUCCGCCUGAGCCGCAGCUCGCCGCGGGAGCCGUCGGGAGGACACCGAAGGGAGCCCGAGUUCGGCUCGGCGCCGCAGCAGCUGGUUCUGUACGGCAGCAACGAGUUCAUGGUGUGACGCCGGCAAGGACGCAAGGCGGCCCGACUACGCGGGGCCUUGAUUCAAAGUUUUGAUAAAGACAAAGGUCGGCUGCGGCUGGUCACGGGGGUCGUGCACCCCCCCGCCCCGGCAGAGCAGGUGAGUACUGAGCCAGAGCGCGGAAGAAGACUGAACUUUGGUGGGCCGUCUUUCUUCUUCAGCUUGUAGCCAGAACGACUGAAUCGCUCGGCUACGCUAAACUAUGCUAAGCUAAGCUAAGCUAAAUCCGCUUGUCACGUUUACACACCAGCCGAGAUGCUGCAUGCUCAUCCGUUUGACUUCCUGUAAAGAAAGAGCGGGACGACACGUCACAGCUGACCCUUCACAUGCGGCAGAUGGUCGGGCUGAACAAUUUUGGAAAAAAAAAAUCAUCUCAUUUUAAUUUUUUUCCAUUCAGUAUUGCGAUUUCAUGUUUCAUGAUUUUUAUGAAGGUUCUCUUGGGCAAUAAAUCAACGUGUACUACGAUAAACAAAAUUGGAUGCCAAAUGUUUUAUGGGUGGGGCUUAUGUGAAAGUAAAGGCAUGAAUUAGUUUGAAAAACUGCUCCAGUGGGAGUUGGGAACUUACUCAACUUGCAGUCUAUUCAGCGUGUUUCGACAUGAUAUUAUCAAAUAUAUGAAAUAUACAUAAUAUGACAAAAGAAAGCCUACCAACCCCCCGAAAUGAAGCUUUUUUUUUUUUUUUUUUUUUUGCAUACCACUACAUUGCACGGUCAGUCUGAACUCAAAAUUCAAUUCAUUGUUCAGCCCUAGUCAAGAAGAAGGCUCAAAUCAUCCAUUUCCUCAAACGGGCGAGUGACAUAGAACGUUCGUUUCCCCAGGAGAAUUUUUGAGCUUUUGCCACCCGCAAGUCCCCCAUGGUGAAAAGUCCGCUUAUGAAUAAGGUGGCUAGCACGUCCGCCUCCCGUUUAAGAGGUUCGACUCGGGCUCCGCCCUUCACCGAUGACGCGCAUGCCCGUCAGCUUGAUUGCCGACUCCAAAUCAUCCGCUAGCGUCAAUGUGAGCGCGAAUGCCGUUUGGCCCUGCGAUUGGCCGGCGACCACUCCGGGGUGUACCUCCGCCGGGAUAGACACCGACUGGCGUUGGUGGAGGAUUGGAUGAUUUUGAGCAUAAGAAGAACAUGUACAUAGAGAGCAGGUGAAACGCAUUCAUUCCAUUGCCACGCUCGUAAACGUCAGUGUUAGGACGUCGCCACUUGAAUUUCUCUCCUUUGUUUGAAUUCUUGCUGUUCUAACGUGUGCUGUCAUUGCUAUUUGAUUGAUAUGCUAAGUUUCUGUUGGGCAACACUUAACAGGCUUUAUGUUGAUUUUUUUUCGGGGGGGUGGGUGGCACUGGGGAAGAGGACGUAUCAGCUCACACAUACACGCACAUGGUCUACAGGUCUGUCCAUCGAAGUAUUUGGACCAUGACGUCUUCAAGAUUUGAGUGAAGUCAAGACUUUGAGCUUGAAGUGAAGAGCUUUCACUCGAAAUUUUGGCAUUGCAGUAUGAGGUGCAUUUGAUGUGUAGUCUCCCAUUUCCAGCCACUCAAAAGUAUUUGGACAAUGAAGUAACUGCAGUUUGCAGCCUCUGCCAUGUCUGACGCCUCAUGUGGUAUGCUUUGGAUCAUGAGCCGUUCCUCCUCUUUUUUUUUUUUUUUUCUGCCUUAACAAAUGACCCGACUUUUUGGGGUCCUGAUUUGUUUUGACUUGCAAGCGAAACCUUGAGAUUCAAGCGCUGAAUGGUGGCAGUAAACUCAACUCACGUCCCCACAAGCAGAAGUUUGGAGAUUUUUUUUUCCCCCCCAAAAAAGAGACUUCCAGUCAUUUAUUAGGAUCCGCCAUUGAAGUUUAGUGUCAAACUAAACGCCAAACAAAAGUAAAUUACACAUCAUGUAUUUAAUAAAACCACAUUUUGCCUAACGUCCCCUAGCUUAGUGCUGAUACACAAUGCAAAACACCAUUGAAAAGCUAACAAAUAGUGUCGAUAGUAUCUGCGGAUUUUUGAACAGUGCUGCAACACAGGUAGACAGACAAUAUUGCAACACUAAUAUUGAAAAUAAAGCUCUACUUCAUGAUUCCAUUGAAAUCUAUCGCAAAUAAAAUUUAAAAUGAAAUUAUAACCAAGUCCAUGUUUUAAAACAAUGUGGUUUUUUUUUUAAGAUUAAAGGCAAACGUAUUGAACUUAAAAGUUAAAUCCAACUGUACUUGACUUUGUGAUUCUUUCGCAUACCACUAGAGGGAGCCCAUGUAUCGCUGCGAUGCUGAUGAUGUCAUUUGGCCGUCAUCGGCAUAAAAUGGGCCUCCUUCCUAAAUAAGUAAAUGGUUUUUUUGGGGGGGGGGGUAGGUUUAGGUUUCUUUAAAGAUCUUCAUUAAAAGCUGACAGCUUGAUUGUUUUAUUUCACGUGCAUAAAGGCAAUUGUCCAUAUACUUCUGACUUCCUCUUCUUAUUUUAGCUCAACAACAGCGCUUCCGUCCGCGGACCCUCGUAGCAUUUAAUGCGCAGAAACCAAAACACAGUAGCAUUCAAAUAUUUCUCGGUAUCGAGUGAAGGCUUCUAACGGCCUGAUCGGGUAGCUGUCUAUCACCACAAUUAAAGCUGCAAGAUUUGUCUCUCUGUACAACACAAUCAGUGUUAAGCAGCUUUCGCCCUCCUCACUUGACACACACACACACACACACACACACACACACACAUACACACACAAAAAAGGAGCUGAAUGGACAAAAAAAAAACAAAACUUUUCUGUAUUAUUUGUUCAUGUCAUAUUGCAUCAUGUGUGUGGGGGUAAAAAAAAAAGUGAAUGUAAGUGUCACUGGAAGGCAUGCUGUGCUUUCUCGGGCCCUUUUUGUUCCUCUUUUAUAAACGGCGUAUGUAUGUACUGUAUGUAUGUAUGUAUGUAUAUUUUAUUUAUGUCCACGCAUUCUGCUGGUUGAUUGCUUUCAAAGGAUUUGUUAUGAAGGAUAUAUUAUCCUGUGUGUACGAUCAAGUGCUUACAAGGCCAGGAAAGAAAAAA